AUGGCACCAACAGAGGAAUCUAUCCUGAGCAACUUUCUGCUCUCACCAGCUCCGCUACCGACAGUAAUGUCACUGCAAAAGUUCACAGAACUCUUCCCAAAGCGCCUGAGAACCCAUCCCCACAUCAGGUCUCUCUAUCGGGAACUUCAACAAGUCCGAGAACAAGACUUGGAUCGAGUGAAUGAAAACAUCAACAAUGAAAUUAAACAAGGUAAAAAGCAACGAGCAGAGCUCCGAAAGGCCACUCUUGCCACGGGCGUUGAAGCCUCAAACUCCGAAGAGCAGCGUGAGAUGGACAUGGAUCUCCAUCUUUUUGGCCAAGCCCCUACUGUACCGGGGGAUUAUCACUCUGUGGCUAGUCUGCUGGCUGAAAUGAAGGCCGCUAGCGCUCAUAUCGAGCAUGAGAUUGCUGCCAUCGACCGAGAGGCUGCGGCCAUCUUGGAAAAGCUCAACACGACCGUGGGCAACAUGAGCGAUCUUCGUUAUGGAAAGCUACAGGGUCCUGCUGGGACUGCGGAAGAUAUGGCUAGUGAGGCCAUCAAGGGAUUGCAAAAUCUUGAGGAUGCUUGCUAUAAGAACAGCGCUUCUUGA